AUGGAUACGGAAGCAUUGGCCAAUUAUUUGCUACGGCAGCUAAGCUUAGAUGUGGAGGAGAAUAAGCUAGAAAAUCUCCUUCAGCGGCAAAAUGGGGAUGAAGAGCUCAGUCAAGAAUAUAACAAGAAACUAUUAUUAGCAUGUGGAUUUCAGGCCAUUUUGAGGAAAAUCCUGGUAGAUGCUAGGGCAAGGGCAGCCGCAGAAGGCCUGAGGGAAGUGUAUCCUUAUCAUGUCGAGGCUGCGACGCAGGCCUUUUUGGACAGUCAAUGA